UUUCUUGAAAAAAUUUAUAUUAUUAAAUAUGCCUAAAUCCUACCAAAACUACUCCAAAGUCUUCAAGAGACCAAAGAAGCCAUUCGAAAAAGAAAGACUCGACAUGGAACUCAACGCCGUCGGAAAGUACGGACUCCAAAACAAGAGAGAAUAUUUGACUGCCCAAUAUGCUUUGGCCAAAAUCAGAAAAGCUGCCAGAGAAUUGCUGACCCUCGAAGCCAGCGACAAGAGGAGAGUGUUUGAGGGAGAAGCCCUUCUCAAAAGAAUGAUUAGAUUAGGUGUCCUCAAGCCAGAAGAGGGAUCCCUUGAUUUCGUCCUUGGUCUCAAGACCGAACAACUCUUGGAAAGGAGACUACAAACCGUCGUGUUCAAGAGACACAUGGCCAAUUCCGUCCAUCACGCCAGAGUCCUCAUCAGACAAAGACACAUCGCUGUUGGUAAGCAAUUAGUCAACAUCCCAUCUUUCUUGGUCAGAGUCGCCUCCGAACCCCACGUCCAACACUCUGUCAGCUCCUGCAUCAAGACUGGAAGACCAGGAAGAGUUGCUAAAGCUAAGGCUAAGAAUGCCAAAAAGGAUGACUAAAUCAGUUUUGGAAAUCAAAGGAAAUAAUGAACUCAAUCUAUUAAUA